AAUAGCUCUACCUAAUUUGGUCACCGCUUGAACUCUUUCGACAAUGACUUAACCGCGUCUUCGCAAAACAAAAAGUCAAGAUUUGGUCGACGUUAAACCAAGCUGAGAUUCUUUUCUUCACUACCCCUUUUCAUUUUCAUUUCCCCCUUGUAUCUUCGUUUUUCAGUCAUCCAUCCCCCUGAAGUCGAAAUGUGGGUAGAAAUUCUCUGCGGUCUCGUACUCUACAAAGUACUUCGAUUAUUCUUCGGUAACGAUGAUGUCUUGGAUAUGGAAACCUCCGAUUUUAACGCUAUUUUCUCCGUCGCUUCUAGGUUAGAGAAAUUGUAUGGAGGGAAAGCUUAUGUAGGCCUUCGAAUUCCUGACGCUGAUUCUGGUUCUCGCCAAAAUAUCGAUUUGGUUCUUGUUACUAGCAGGGAGGUUGUGGUAAUUUGUGUCAAGAAUAUGUCUGGAUUUGUUUCAGUUAAUUCUGAUGGAAGUUGGCUUUGUAUAAGUGAUCACAAACAUAAGGAAGAGCAUCACCCAGAUCCUGUAGCAGAUGCUAAAAGGCAAGCCUCUGUUCUAGAAUCAUAUCUCGAACAAAGAGGAGUUUCCUUACCUGAAGGAUACAUAUCUUCCAAAGUCAUAAUUUGCAACCCAAAGUUCCGAACACUAAAUCCAGACCACUUUCCACAAGAAGUUGUACAGUAUGAUCAGUGGGUACACUUGAAACCAGAAUCAAAAGGUGUGGUUUCUGGAUGGAUUAAAGGAGCCUUUCGUGCUGUGAAGAAAGAUGUACUGGAAUCUACACAACAGCAGCUUCGGUUUGUACUUGGCACAGCACCAAUGUGGGAUAGGUUGGAGCUUAGAGGUAGCAAGUAUGUGCUAGGAGAAUUUAUGGAGUUCAAAGGCAAGCAAGAAGAUCUCCAAACAUUACAAUACAUCAAGAGGUCAAAAGUCAGUCAGAUGAUUGUACAGAAAACUUCAAUGUUCGGCUUAGCCCCAACCAAACUUCAAGUGUUGUACACUUUCCGUGAUUAUCGGGCUGAAGGAAGUUCAUCGGCUGAAUGGACGGAGGUCACUGUCAGGUCAAGUACUGAGGUUGUAUUUCAGCCCCAGAAUGCCAAGAAAGUUCGCAAGUUCAAGCUAUCUGCUAUUACUUCUCUAACACUUAGUGCCUGAGCAAGUUUACAAUUAAAGGUAACUUGAGAGCUUUUGUUGUAAUAUAUGUUAAGGAAAAAUUAUAAGAAACUAUCUAAUCUAUAUGACCUUUUUCAAAAAACUACUUUAUGUAAAGUGUUUUGCAAAAAACUACCUAAUAUAACACACGUUUGUGGAUGAUUACCAGUCACGUUAUCCACUUAAUUUGCCUUUUUUCCUCCUUCAAAGCAUCUGAUUCUGACGAAAGUAAAUUAACAUUCCAUUUCAUUCAAUACCAAAAAUGAAGUUAAAUAGAUAAAAGAAAACCCAUUUCAUUCAAUAUAAUCAUGUUACAAAAGAAAUCAACAUCCCAUUACAUACCCAAAUCACUAAUAUAUAUUCUUGAUUAAUUCAUAACCUUCAUUUACUAUCCUUAAUUACUACAUUCAACACCAACAAAAAACAAAAGAAAAACUCUAAUAUAAAGCUUGAAAUCUCUUUUCCAUGCUUCCUCUCAUUCAUCAAUUUCUUCUUAAUCCUUUUAAGUUUUGAAAUUGCUUGUUCCUUUUCAUGUUCCAAGCAACGAAACCUUGAAGUCAAAAUCUUAAUUUCAGUUGCUAAUUGUUGCUUCACCUCCACAAAUGUGUUCGUCACUUCUCUUUGCCAAUCAACCAUUUUAGGUUCAUCAAUCCAUUUAAACUUUUUGCAUCCCCUCCAAUUGGUAUCAGGAUCAUAAAAACGCAAGUCUUAAACUGACUUCCAGGAUUUUCCUUGGUCCAUGAAAUUCUCUUUGUAAAAGAAACUCCACACCAACAUUUUUCAAGCUUCAAAUUUGCUGUUGAAGAAGGAGAAGACAUUACUAUUUAAUUAGGGAUAAUUGUUGGAGAAAUUAGGGUUCUUUAAAUUAGGGAAAUGAAGGAGAAAAGGGAAAGAGGACUUUUGAUUCUGAAAUCGUGUCUAGAAAGGAAGGAGAAAGGUGAAUUAAGUGGAUUACAUGACACACCACAUGCUGCUCAGUUAUAAUUUUAACGGUCAACAUACGAAAGUCGUUAACUGGUAGUCAUCCACAAAUGUUUGUAUUAUAUUAUGUAGUUUUUUGCAAAAAAAAUUAAAUAAGGUAGUUUUUUGAAAAAGAUUAUAUAGAUUAUGUAACUUUCUGCUCCAACAAUCAUCUUUGUAUAUUUCAAGGGUUGAAUUUUGAUGUGCAAUCGGAAAACUACGGUUUUCACUAGUGAAAAAGGUUAUGGGCAUGUUUUAUAAAUAAUUUCUUUUAGUAUAUGAAAAAAAGGUAUAGACUUUAACAUUUGGAAA